AUGACAUCGAAGGAUUAUGACAAAAUGACGGUGGUUCAAUUGCGGAACGAUCUCGAAGAUCGUGGUCUUUCAAAAGAUGGAAAGAAAGUCGAGCUAAUCGAACGCUUGAAGAAUGCUGACAAGGAGACCGAAGAGAAAUUAUUGGACACUCCAUUGUUCGAUAACGAUGUGGCACUUGCAGUUGGCGAAAAUGCUGAGGAAUUAUUGCUGCAAACUGUUCCAAAUGAUGAAAGUAAAGGGCAGGAAAAUGAUAACGAAACUUCAAAAAGCCCGGACCGUCAGAAAGCAAUGCUCGCCAGGGUCAUUCGAUUUGGUUUGCCAGUUGCAACUUUGGGAACAACUACUUUUGCAUCCAUGGAAGACGAUGCUAAGUCACAACGAGCCAAAAGAUUUGGUCUUGAUUCAGAAUUGCAACCAACUUCGGAUGUUGCAAAAGCACGCCGGGCUGAAAGGUUUGGGAUAGCUUCCGAAAUCACGUCACAAGGAGCGAAGGCACGCCGAAUUGAAAGGUUUAAUAAUGCUACGGUUUCGGCAAAUUCAACAACUUCAAUUGCGACCGAUAACUCCGGCGACUCGGAAAAGAAAAACUUUGAGAGAGCGGAAUCUUUGAAACGUGCUCACAGAUUUGGUCUCCCUGUUGGCCAAGAUGGUAAACCUGGUCCACUUUCCGAGAUAGACGAAAAGAAAAAGGCUCGUCUUGAACGCUUUGGAGCAGCAACU